GCAACUGUUGCGUAUUUCCACUGUAAAUGAAUCUUAUACGGUUUAUGAACAACCGUGUUCCUCCUAACAAGAGAUACCAGCCCACAGAAUAUGAGCAUGCUGCCAACUGUGCCACGCAUGCGUUAUGGAUAAUCCCCAGCCUGCUGGGCAGCUCCGUGUUGCACUUCCAGUCGGAGGACCAAUGGGAGCGGCUGUCGGCCUGGGUGUACGGGGCGGGGCUCAGCUCGCUCUUCAUCAUCUCCACCCUCUUCCACACUGUGGCCUGGAAGAAGAGCCAUCUGCGGUCUGUGGAGCACUGUUUCCACAUGUGUGACAGGAUGGUGAUCUAUUUCUUCAUCGCGGCCUCCUACGCCCCUUGGCUGAACCUGCGGGAGCUGGGUCCCUGGGGGUGUCACAUGCGCUGGCUGGUUUGGGUCAUGGCCUCUUUUGGAACCACCUACGUCUUCUUCUUCCACGAGAGGUAUAAGAUCACGGAGUUGAUCUGCUACACGGUGAUGGGAGUUUUUCCUGCCCUGGUCAUCCUCUCGAUGCCGGAGCAGUCGGGGCUGAGCGAGCUGCUGGUGGGCGGAGCCUGCUACUGUCUGGGGAUGGUCUUUUUUAAAAGCGACGGCAUCGUCCCGUUCGCUCACGCCAUCUGGCACCUGUUCGUAGCUAUGGGAGCGUCCGUCCACUACUACGCCAUCUGGAAGUACCUUUACGCACAGCCACCCAAUCAGGUCCAGACGUCCAGAUGACAUCCGGGACUCGCAGGAAGUAACUCCUGUGGUUGAACUUCAAAAGGGGGAGGACGCAAACUGUGUCCCAAUUCAGAGGCAGCUUCCUUUGGAAAGCGAGUCGGCUGAACCUCCUCCCUAAAUACACUCCGACGAACACUAACGGUGCAUUCAGGGGAUCCUCAUCCACUCGUAAUGCAAGAAAAGGGUGUGAUCUGAGCUAACGCCAAUGUUGCAUUGAGCUACCGCUAAUG